UGGUGUGCGGUUGGGCGGUGGGCGUGGCUUCCGCCGAUGCUGGUUGAUUAUGUGCGGCUGACGCUCGGAAGUGACCCAUGUGUCUGAGCUGCACCAAUACACGAUCACCGGAUCGGCCCGUUUAACUCGCGUAGUGCGUUUCUUGCAGUCUUCAUAGGUUAUUCACGACAUACCUGUCAUCCGAUCAUGUCUAAAGACACGGAGGCCAAAAGCGAGGAGAUUAUGGAGUCCAAGGUGCUCUGGUACCCGGACUCUAAACGAAACACACAAAUGGACCGAUACCGGACUCAGGUGAACCGGGACUUCGGGGUGAAUCUGGCUAAUUAUAAUGACCUGUAUCAGUGGUCCGUGGACAGUUAUCCAGAGUUCUGGGCACAGGUUUGGAAAUUCUGUGGCAUCACUUGUUCAAAGAUGUAUGAGGAGGUGGUUGAUGUGUCUAAAAGGAUAUCUGAUGCACCUGAGUGGUUUAAAGGCAGCAGACUGAAUUAUGCAGAGAACCUGCUCAAACACAAAGACCAAGACAAAGUGGCUCUCUAUGCUGCAACUGAAGCAAAUGAGGAGAUCGUCAAGGUGACUUUCGGAGAGCUGAGGCGUGAUGUCGCUCUCUUCGCUGCUGCCAUGAGGAAGAUGGGCAUCAAAACUGGAGACAGGGUCGUAGGAUAUCUUCCCAAUGGGAUUCAUGCUGUUGAGGCUAUGCUCGCUGCUGCCAGUAUAGGUGCCAUCUGGAGUUCAACCUCUCCAGAUUUUGGUGUCAAUGGAGUUCUAGACCGAUUUUCUCAGAUCCAGCCCAAGUUGAUAUUCUCAGUAGCAGCUGUUGUGUACAACGGCAAGCAGCACGACCAUAUGGAGAAACUCCAAAACGUUGUUAAAGGUCUCCCUGACCUGAAGAAGGUUGUGGUCAUUCCAUACGUUCGCUCUCGACAGGAUACGGACCUCUCCAAGAUUCCCAACAGUGUCUUCCUGGAUGACUUUUUGGCCACAGGUAAAGAAGGGGAUCAGGACCCUCAGCUGGAGUUUGAGCAGCUGCCCUUCUCUCAUCCUCUCUUCAUCAUGUACUCUUCUGGCACCACAGGAGCUCCCAAGUGCAUGGUGCAUUCUGCUGGGGGCACUCUCAUCCAGCAUCUUAAAGAACACGUUCUCCAUGGCAACAUGACCUACAAUGAUGUCAUCAUAUAUUACACUACGACGGGCUGGAUGAUGUGGAACUGGCUGGUGUCCUCUCUAGCCGUUGGGGCUUCUGUGGUCCUGUAUGAUGGCUCCCCUCUUGUUCCUAGUGCCAAUGUGCUCUGGGACCUUGUAGACCGUCUGGGAAUCACGAUUUUUGGGACUGGAGCGAAAUGGCUGGCUGUGCUGGAGGAGAGAAAUCUGAAACCCGCAAACACACACAACCUGCAGACCCUCCAUACACUCCUUUCUACAGGAUCUCCAUUGAAGCCUCAGAGCUAUGAGUAUGUGUACAGCUGUAUUAAGAACAACGUGCUCCUGGGAUCCAUAUCAGGUGGCACAGACAUCAUUUCAUGCUUUAUGGGUCAGAACAUGACGGUGCCUGUUUACAGAGGGGAAAUUCAGGCCCGAAAUCUGGGCAUGGCCGUGGAGUCCUGGAACUGUGAAGGUAAUCCUGUUUGGGGCGAGAGUGGGGAGCUGGUGUGUUUGAAGCCCAUCCCGUGCCAGCCCACUCAUUUCUGGAACGACGAAAAUGGCAGCAAAUACCACAAAGCCUACUUUUCUACCUUCCCAGGAGUCUGGGCCCACGGUGAUUACUGUAAGAUAAAUCCAAAAACGGGAGGAGUCGUCAUGCUGGGGAGAAGUGACGGAACCUUGAAUCCUAAUGGUGUUCGUUUUGGGAGCUCAGAAAUUUACAACAUUGUGGAAGCCUUUGAGGAAGUUUCCGACAGCCUUUGUGUCCCUCAGUACAGCAGUGAUGGAGAGGAGAGGGUGAUUCUGUUCCUGAAGAUGGGACCCAAUAAGAGCUUCAGUCAAGAGCUAGUGGGGAAGAUCCGCAGCGCUAUCAGAGUAGCUCUCUCUGCCCGACACAUACCAGCCUUGAUACUGGAGACCAAAGACAUCCCGUACACUAUCAGUGGAAAGAAGGUCGAAGUCGCAGUAAAGCAGGUGAUCGCAGGUAAGGACGUCACUCAGCGUGGGGCCUUCUCAAACCCUGACUCCUUGGACCUCUACAAGAAUCUACCUGAACUCCUGAACUUCUGAGCGCUUGUGUGAGGUGCAACUGAACUCCUAAAAGUCCUGCGUUUCUGGGUCCCUUCGAAGGGUUCAGAUUCUCUGGACACCUGUUGGAACUUCGGACCAUCUGGAGGAAUUUCUAGAGCUUUCAAACAUCAAAGUUCCUAGUUUUCUCUACCUGUUGUGGCAAACUCAGCUACCCAUUGGAACUGAUGGAGUCUGUACAUGUAGCACUUCCUCAAAAGUGUAACUGGUUCCUCUUGGAUAGAAAGUUGAGUGCCAUUUUAUGCGAUUCCGACUUGGAUCUUAAAGGGACAUUUUAUCUUCUUCUGUUAUUGCGUCCACCAAGCGGUAUUCCCAAGUAAUUCACAAAUCAGUUGUCUUUUAUCUACCAUGUCAGUCCCAUAUCUUCCCUCAUUUUUUGAUACAAUGUCACUUUAACCUUAACAAAGGUAUAGGAAAAUCUGGCCAUGAAUCUUUUUUUAAGCUCUAAAUGACACUUUAUUCUCCUAAAUCUUCAGGAAUCAAAUACACGGAUGUUACUGAAUGUUGUGGAUUUAAGGUUAUUUUUCUUGUUAAGAUGAGAGCAAUUUCUCUAGUAAUACUGACUUUUUGCAUCAAACCAAGUGUUUUCCAGAACUGCUAACAUUUACGAAGCAAAGUAUCACUGGUACAGUUUCCAGAUUACGACCUUUUGCCGUAAUAAAAUCAAUGCAACUUUUUUCAAAUUUUCCCCCAGAGCCUGACUUCCUGUCUGGAAACAUGAAUAUAUUUAUAUUUCUGAACAAUAUCCUAUGAGUAAAUAGUGAUUCAUCACAUCUGCUGUAUUUGUGGAGUAUAUUGUACUGUCCAGAACUACUCUCUGUUGUCUAUUGAGCGUGGAUUUGAACCCGAAGCUCACUGGCCAAAAAGAUUUCCAUAUAUUUUUACAUAUAUACUGUAUAUAUUUGAUUCCGUAUAUCCAGCUGCAUGUUGCGUGCUACACUAGAUGGCCCUUCGCAAUGACACUAUUUGGCCUUACAUCAAGUUUUCAUCAACAACUGAAGCUCAUCUUAUUUCUUUGAGCCAUUCUUUGGUAUAUAGCUUUAUCUUUGCAGUCCCCAAAUACACUGGCUUACUUUUUUCAUGUUUCCCAUCCACACGUCCAUGGACUGUUGCUGUAGGCAUUGCCCACGAGGCGUCCUCCAUCAUGUUUCAACCCAACACAUUUAUCAUCGGAACACUGCACACAUAUGGGAAAAGCCGCUUUGUUUGUUGUUUGAGUUUGGUUUUGAAAUUCAGCAAGACUGUUUCAGUGACAUGAUAUCCAGAUAACAGUAUAACAUUAGAUUAUUAGAUUAUAAUGUUUGCAUUAGGAGUGAAGGGAAGAAUUCUGGGCAGUCGAAAUGUAUCUAAAUCCACAGCGAAAAAUAGAAAAAUAUUGAUUUAUGUUGGAUCAGAUUCAAGCUCUUUGACGUGUACUGAUGAUGCAUUUACACUCGCUUUGCAGCAUAUCACAGAAACGUUUAUCAACGGCAAGCAACCAUCCAGAAAAUCCUGAGAGAGGAUAUGCUGCAACUGCUCGCAACGAAAGCCUGAAAAUGUGCUGCAUUUUAUUCAUUUUAAAAUAAUUUUGCGCUAGUAAUGUUAUUUCAGCAGUUGUUUACAACAGAGAAGCCUCGCAGGCUAGUAUUGAUGUUAAUUUCAAGUUUUAAUGGGUCAUAUUUUUGGGACAAGUUAGAAUUUUUUUUUUGGGGUCUGUUUGGUUCAGGUAAUGUAAUCUAGGUUUGUUACACGUUGAAAAGUGAAUUUUUAACCUGUGAGAAAAUCCAUUUGACCUCAGUGAGGACUCCUUACUUGGUUUCCUAAAAGAAACUACACACUACAGAUCUAAAAAAAAAAAGUUUUUUAAAUACGUUAUAAAGGAUAGGCAUAAUGAAAUCAAAAGGGUGGACUGGCCCUUUAAAAGGCUCAUUUCUUUCAAAUUGAAAUGGUUCAGAAUAGAGGUGCAGAUGGCAAGCAGUUGUGCAGAUCGCUUGAAUUAAAUCAGUCCUUAUUUCCGCUUCAGACAAGCAGAGACGGGUCUGUUUCACCUCAUGCCCACCCUUGUGCCACCAUAUGCCCCGUAUCUGCUCAGUUUUGCUGACAGGACUUGCCUGGUCUGGGACUGUGGACAUGAGGAAAGUACUGAUAGUCACUGUGGAUUUCACUGUAAUCUAUGGCUUGUCGCAAACAUAUUUGUUCCCCGACAUUUAUUUAAUUUUUCCAUACUUGGCAAUUUCAUGAACAUUCCAUGGAGAUCAAUUCCAUUUUAUUACCGUUUUUUUCUUCUUCUUCUUUUUGAUACAAGGAAAUGGAAAUACUGGAAAUAAUUUUCCUUAUUGUAUUACAUUAAAUAUAUUUGGUGUACUACUAGUAAAUGAAAGGUGCUUUCUUCUUGGUGGCUAAUCUAAUAUUCCUGCUUUGAAAUAAUAUUAUUGUACAUCGCAGAAUGUGAAAAAUGAUAACUAAUAUAGUUGAGAAUAUAUUUGUUAUGAAUAUAUUAUGCCCAUAUGCUGUAUAUCAUUGGACCACUUCAGUUAUGUCCACUAGGAGCAUACAUGUAUUUCAUGUAUAAAAAUGCUUAUUGUACUCCUAAUUA